AUGGAUAAAAAUCCCAAAAAGGAGGAGAAGAAGAAGAAGAGGGUCAAGUUAGCGCUGUGUUCUUCAGUGGAUGUGAUGGACUCGUCCAGUGCAGCUCCUGAAGACCGAGACAAACCACCCUCAUCUUCCUCAUCUUCCUCUUCUUCCUCAGGCAAACGCAGAUUUAAAGACUCAGAAGACCAGCGACGACUGAGUGCAGUCGGCAGAUCUUCUGAGGAGCUUCAAGAAGUUGAUCUGCUGACUGCCGACCAGAAGAAAGAAGCAGUCGGAGUAGUUCCUCCUGGUUCCUCCUCAUCUGCAGACGUCAGAUCCUCAGAACAAACAGCGUCUGAGCUGCAGACUGAGAUUCAGGAGACUGAACCCGUCACAGUAGUUGAAGGGACUAAACCUCCUUCUCUCAGUGUUGAUGGUCCUUCAUCUGCAGACAGAGUCUCUGCUCAAGAGACAAAAUCCUUCACAGACGCAGCUCUGAGCUUCGAGACCAUUGAUGUUGAGCGUCUUGUAGAAUUGCUGGCCAGUUUCGGAGUCCAGUGGCAUGAUCUGAGCAAGGAUUCACUGAAGGAGCUGCUCAAGUCUUUGGAGGAACAGGAGGAAGCGUCUGAAGAGAAAUCAGCUGAGGAGGAUGAUGCUGAUCAAGCUGCGCUGGGUCUUCCUAAUUUAGGAAACACGUGCUAUAUGAACUCCGUCAUUCAGUGCCUCCUCAGCGUUUCUCCCUUUCGGGAAGAUUUGCUCUCGCAGCAGGAGAAUCACACAGACAGCGCCACGCUGCUCAGAGCGUUAACUGACCUGCACAUGAGCCGGAUGGACAGCAGUGACUCUGAUCUGAAGGAAACACACUUGGCUAAAGUUAAAAGCUACAUAGAAAGUCACUUUCCAGUUUUCAAGGGACACUGUCAGCAGGAUGCACACGAGUUCUUCAUGGCUUGUCUGUCCCGUCUAAAAGAGGAAAGCAUGAGCUUGAGAUCGUCUCAUCCCUCAUACACUUGCCCCGUGUCCAGUAUGGAGUUCAAGCUCAGAAGCGAGCGCACCUGCAACAGCUGCGGCCUCAUGAAGAGUUUCACAGAGGAAUCAAACUGCCUCUCGCUGGUCAUCGGCCCUCAUGCGAGUCUCACAGACAGUCUGCAGCAGUACAUGAACGCGUCGUUCAUUGAUUGCGUGUGCAGUCUGUGUGGAGGACCACAGGCCUCUGAGACCCUGAAGUUUCUCUCUCUUCCUCGGGUCCUGGUCCUUCUGGUGCAGCGCUUUGACUUCACGUCCUCCAUGAUCAAGCUGAAGAAUCGACUGGAGAUUCCUGAGGAGCUGACGCUGUCCUGCGUUAAAGAGAGAACAAAGCAGCCAGAGACAGAUGAAAACAGCAGAGCAGGCAGCCGAUCAUUUCUCCAGAAAAUAUUCAGGAAAAAGAACAGAGUUGCUCCACAGACACCACAGGAAGAAGCUCCAGUCGUCAUCAGCUCACAGUACAGACUCUCUGCUGUUGUGUCUCAUGCGGGAAGCCAUUUGUUUUUUGGACACUACAUCAGUCAGAUCCGUGAGCGCAGGGAGGACGGAUGGCUGCGGUGCAGCGACGCGUCUGUCAGAAGAAGCAGCUGGAGCGAGGUGUCCGAGGACGCCGGGGACAACGGAUACUUGCUGUUUUACGUCAAGAGGAGUUUCAUCCCAUAAUAUUCAGUGUUCAGUCCUCACUUGUAUUUGGUCAGCUGCUUUGGGAUAAAAACUCUGAACUCCUCCUCACUCUUGUUUCUGCAGCUGAGCAGCGUUUGGUGAGGAACAGAUGAGGAAGACCCCGUGAGGAAGAUCCCGUCGAGAGGGUCUUGAGAAACCCUCAUGCUCUGGAUCGAGAUGCUGCUGAUCGUCUGCUUUUGUGCAGAGUAACUUCUUGAAGGGAGAGCUGGUUAUUUAUUAUUAAAGCUUGAUCACGAAUGAUUCUCGUGAACAUAAACACAUUUAUGUAGAUCGGAGGAUGCAUUCCCUUCAAAAACAAACAAUCCAGGAAUCGUCUCUUUUCUCUUCUGUCCAUUCAUUUAAAAAGUACUUGUUUUCAAUUCUAUUUCUAUUUUUUUUUCUUGUUCAAGUUUGAACUCUGAACUUUUACAUGCUUGUAUAUACUUUAAUAAUAUAAUUAAUUUCUGUAGCUUGUGUAAUUGUCCUGCGGUGAAUGAGUGUAUCAUCACUUUACAACACAUCAGAGCUGAUGAUAUUCUUCUGCUAUGCUUUGGUUUGUUUAUCAUGCAUCUUAAUUUAAGAAUUUGAAUUUCUGUUUAAAGUCUGAAAGUCUGCUUAAAAUAAUUAUAUUGCUUCUAGUUGUUUUUUGUAGAAAGACGAUGCUGAUCAUCUCUACUUGUCAUGAAGAUAUAAGUCAGGUGCGCUUCAGGAAUCAACUGCAGGAUUCUCAUCAUAAUGUGCUGGACUCUGACUGACUCCACGAGGUGAUCUCAUAGAAGUGUUCAUUCAUGUUUCCUCAUCAGUGUCUGAUGUUCAUGACUCAUAUCUGGUAAAAGAUGCUGAAGACACAAACAUGUCCUCCAGCUCAGGAAACAGACAUUACUCUAAUGGUCAACUGUCCAACAUAUGGUGCUUUAUUUUGUUCAUAACAAUAACUGCAUAAUCAACCCACGUCCUCAAAAAAAAAAAAAUUUAAAAAGUUCUACAGUCAAAGCUAAAGGCUGACUUGUUUCUAAUCUGGAAUUACUUUAACCUAUUUUUAAAAUGGCAGUAGAUUAACAAUUGUGAAAAACUCAUGCAAAGAAAACAUUUACAUUUACAUUUAGUCAUUUAGCAGAUGAUUUUAUCCAAAGUGACUUACAAAUGAGGACAAUAGAAGCAAUCAAAACCAGCAAAAGAGCAAUGAUACACAAGUGCUUUAACAAGUCUCAGUUAAUUGUAAUUAAUUAAUUGUGUUAAUUGUUAAUAUAAAAUAUAAAUAUAUAUAAAACUCACUCAUUAACUGCAAAAAAAAAGAAUGAAAAAUAUAUGAAUGUAAAAAGCAGUAUGUGGAUAUGUAUAAAACAAUAAAAAAAAAAAGACUAAUGACUUGGCAAAAACAAGCAUUAUUUUGUAAAACAAAACAACAAAAACAGAUUGAACUAUCAACCUAAGGCCAAUUACACUUUAAUAUUUUAUACUAUUUAUUCUGUAUUUUAUAUUGACAACAAGUGUAAAUUGUGAGCUUGCUGUCAGUUAUUAUAAAAGUAUUGUACAAUUGUAACAGAAUUAUUGUUUUAUUUAAUUUUUUUGGUUACCCUUCUUCCUAAUAAGAGCAUAAGUUGCAUCACCAACUCCAGCAUCAGCAUCUGAAGAACACAAAUCAUCAAUAAU